AUGGUAACUGUAGAGACUGGGUGGCGCGUAUCGCAGAUGGAUCGGUGCAGCAGCGAUUGUCGUCGGGAGGCAGCGAACCAGUUCCCAGUGGCUGUGCUCGGCUCAUUUCGGAUUGCGCUUGCCACCUGUACAAGCUCGCUCAUUCAUCACCAACGGCCACAUUCCAGACGAGCACUCCGUGCAGAGGAGCGUCGUCUGCUGCUCCCGAAGGCCAGGACUUAG